UUGCAUAGCAACCCAUUGCCAUUACAACCCGUGUUACAUCUCCAGUGUGUAUCUUCUGCUACAGAGCUAACUGUCAAUCCACCUGAAGGCAUUGUUGCCGGUCCCGUAGAUGAGAAGAAUUUUUUUGAGUGGGAAGCCCUGAUUGCCGGUCCCGAGGGUACGCCAUUCGAGGGCGGGGUUUUCGCCGCUAGGCUUUCAUUUCCGAUGGAUUACCCAUUGUCCCCACCGAAGAUGCAGUUUGUCACAGAGCUUUUUCAUCCGAACA